UCCACCACACAAAGUCUGGCCGGAAAAAGCAUGGCAUGACGAUAUCCCUUGUUGCACAGGCGAAAACGGACUUCCAUAAAUUUAACCCUCUGCUUUCGAAGUUCAACAGAGAAGUCUGGAUAGUAGGCUACUCUGGAAUCAUUGAAGCGCACCUCUUCUUUGAUGCAGACCACCAUCAGGAUAGCGUCUCUAUCACGGUAAUGAAGCUAUUUCACCAAGAAUGGUCUGGAAGGAGCUCCCGGCGGAGGGGGUCUAGCCAGGAACCUAUGCGCCCUCUCCACCGUAAAAUAUGAGGAGAAGGUGUCAGAAGAUAGGAUUUCCUUCAGCCAAGAUUCCAGAAAGCCUACAGGAUCCGAGCCUUCCGCCUUCUCAGGUAGUCCCACCAGGCGUAUAUUGUUACGCCGCAGUCUAUUUUCAAGAUCACCCACAUGAUCAAGUACUUUUUUCAUUUGGAGCUUUACUGAUGACAUCUGAUCCGGCAAAGGAUGGAGAGUGUCCUCAACAGUCGAUAGUUUGCGCUCCACCUCUCAAGUGCGUUCUCUCAGCUUCUGUGCCUCAUGACGGAGGAUAACAAAUUCCUGUCUAAGUUCAUCCACCUUAGACACCAUCAUAGUUUGACAGGAAGUGAAUGCAGCCAGUAGUUGAUUAAACUUCUGAUCAAUGGACUCAAUGUGGCAGGAAGCACGCGGGUUCUGGACAGCGCCCCAACGGGCUUUGGCAACCAAAAAACAUAAGGGGAGAAGGCUCAGGGGAAGCGUCCUCCAAAACUUCUGCCAACCCAGAGAAUCAACUGAGGGCUUUGGCAGCGUGUGUGGAAAGUUUAGAAACCAGAGGGGUAGGAACACUGGAAUUCCGUCUGCGGCCUCAACCGCAUGUUUAGACUUUUUGGUCUUGUUCCUUGAGCCACCCAUAUUUCUUGUAGGAUAGCGACCAGCUAUAGUAUAGACACCACAAGGCACAGCAGAACCGUACAAUCCAGGUAGCAACAGCUAAUAGGCAAGGCAAGCCCUACAGGGCACAGUAGCUCCCAACAGAUUACACAAGAGAACAGCAAGAGAAGAGUCCCAGAGCAAAUAUGAGGCACAACAAAGUCAAGCAGCUCAGGCAGAGUAGAUACAAGGAGAUAGAAGCAUUUAGGGAGUAGCAGCACCUACUGUACAGUCCAGGGCAGCGACAAGCAGAAGACCCCCUGUAGCAGCCACAGAAACCAGUAUGCCUCCCUGGUAUGACGGGAGGUAGGGGGGCUUAGAGGGCUCCGCUCAGCACCACAGCAGCGAGGGUCCACAGGGAUCUCAGACAACCCCAGCAGCCUAUAUAGGGAAAGCCCAGGUCUGCGUCUGACCACGGCAACAGCAGCAGCUCCCCACAUCAGGUCUCUCCUGCCCACCGCAGCUCAGGCGUGGGAGUAUCUAUGGAGACCACGAGGCUCCACUCACGAAGUGAGCACAAUGGCGGCCUUUCUUCUGGGAGCCCUCUCGCAGAGAAAAGCCUCCUCCACUAAGCCUCCGUUCUGCCACUGUCCAGACUCACGGGACCUCUCCUCGCUGCUUCUCCCCUCUGGCAGAUACUGGGCUCCGUCAUCUGUCUCCUCCAUUCAGUCCCCAGCAGCACUACUCUCUUCCCCACGGCACACCAGCUCCCGACUCCAGCCACGGCCACCGGCAGCACCAGCCAGCUCAUGCAGCAUGGGACAGAGCUGGAUCUGAAUACAAAAUGCAUUGUGGAGAUGGAAGGCAACCAGACGGUGCUGCAUCCUCUACCCGCCAACAACAAGCAAGGAGGAGAGAACAGAAAACCACCAAAGGUAUUUGCUUUCGAUCACUGCUUCUGGUCGAUGGAUGAGAAAAACACAGAGAAAUAUGCAGGUCAGGAAGUGGUGUUUAAGUGCCUUGGGGAGGGAAUUCUUGAUAAUGCCUUUCAGGGAUACAACGCGUGCAUUUUUGCAUAUGGGCAAACAGGUUCAGGAAAGUCUUUCUCUAUGAUGGGGACAGCAGACCAGCCUGGCUUAAUUCCAAGGCUCUGCUGCGCUUUAUUCCUAAGGGCGACAGAAGAAGAAAAUGACUCUCAGACCUUCAAAGUGGAAGUAUCCUAUAUGGAAAUUUACAAUGAGAAGGUUCGAGAUCUUUUAGACCCUAAAGGAAGCCGACAAUCCCUUAAAGUUAGGGAGCACAAGGUCUUCGGGCCAUAUGUCGAUGGUUUAUCUCAAUUGGCUGUAACUACAUUUGAGGAUAUUGAAUCUUUAAUGUCUGAAGGAAAUAAAUCACGUACUGUUGCUGCGACAAACAUGAAUGAAGAAAGCAGCCGAUCACAUGCUGUAUUUAACAUUAUUUUAACUCAGACUCUGUUUGACCAUCAGUCUGGUAACUCAGGAGAACGCGUCAGUAAGGUCAGCCUGGUAGACCUGGCUGGCAGCGAGAGAGUGUCCAAAACCGGUGCUGCUGGAGAACGCCUCAAGGAAGGAAGUAACAUCAACAAGUCACUGACAACGUUGGGAUUGGUCAUAUCAUCUUUGGCUGAUCAAGCUGCUGGGAAAGGGAAGAACAAGUUUGUUCCUUACAGAGAUUCUGUACUCACAUGGCUGCUUAAGGACAAUUUGGGAGGCAAUAGCAAAACAGCCAUGAUAGCCACAAUCAGCCCAGCAGCCGACAACUAUGAAGAGACACUUUCUACCUUAAGGUAUGCUGAUCGCGCCAAAAGAAUAGUUAACCAUGCUGUGGUCAACGAGGAUCCCAAUGCUAGAGUUAUCAGAGAGCUGCGGGAAGAGGUGGAGAAACUAAAGGAGCAACUCUCUCAGGCUGAAUCCAUGAAGGCACCUGAAUUAAAAGAAAAACUAGAAGAAUCGGAAAAAUUAAUCCGAGAGCUGACAAUCACCUGGGAAGAAAAGUUGAGGAAAACGGAAGCCAUUGCUCAGGAGCGACAGAAGCAGCUGGAGAGCAUGGGCAUCUCUCUCCAGUCUUCUGGUAUUAAAGUUGGUGAUGACAAAUGUUACCUGGUAAACCUCAAUGCCGAUCCUGCACUUAAUGAACUAUUGGUCUAUUAUCUAAAGGACCACAACAGAGUGGGUGCCGACACAUCUCAGGAUAUACAACUCUUUGGUAUAGGGAUUCAGCCUGAACAUUGUGUGAUAGAUAUGACCUCAGAUGGGGAAAUUUCUCUUACACCUAAAGAAAAUGCAAGGACAUGUGUAAAUGGGGUUCAGGUUUGCUCUAAAACCUCUUUGUGGCAUGGAGACAGAAUCCUCUGGGGAAACAACCACUUCUUCAGGCUCAACCUGCCAAAGAGAAAAAGGAAAGACUGGUUGAAAGAGUUUGAGAAAGAAACUAGCUGCACUGACAUUGAUAUUGAUGCUGCAAGUGAAGCAUCUUCAGAACCUGACUAUAAUUAUGAAUUUGCACAGAUGGAAGUCAUUAUGAAGGCUUUAAACAGCAAUGAUCCUGUCCACAAUGUUGUUCAAGUUCUUGAGAAGCAGUAUUUAGAGGAGAAGAGGAAUGCCCUUGAGGAACAGCGGCUCAUGUAUGAAAGAGAGCUGGAGCAGCUGCGACAGCAGCUUUCUCCUGAAAAGCAACACCAGCACGGUAAUGAACGGCUCUCCUACACGUCUCAGACAGCACAGCAGAAAAUGAGUGUGUGGGUGGAAGAGAGGGAUGAACUGUUCAGACGGAGUCUUUCUAAGCUCAGGGAGCAAAUAGUCAAGGCUAACACCUUGGUGAGGGAAGCCAACUUUUUAGCAGAGGAGAUGAGUAAAUGCACGGACUAUCAAGUCACUCUUCAGAUCCCAGCAGUCAACCUCAGUGCCAACCGGAAGAGAGGAGCAAUAGUGAGUGAACCCGCCAUCCAAGUGAGAAGAAAAUGUAAAGGCACUCAAGUCUGGACUAUUGAGAAGCUAGAGAACAAACUCAUUGAUAUGAGGGAUGCUUAUCAAGAAUGGAAGGAGAUGCCAGCUGAGAAUAAAAGGAUCAUCUUUAAGAAAGGUGACCCAUUUUAUGAAGCUCAAGAAAACCACAACCUUAUUGGCGUAGCAAAUGUAUUCCUAGAAUGCCUUUUUUAUGAUGUUAGACUUCAGUAUGCAGUGCCUAUCAUUAGCCAGCAGGGGGAGGUCGUAGGCCGACUUCACAUUGAGGUAAUGCGGGUUACAGGUGUUGUCCCCGAGUGUUUAGUUGGUGACGACUCCUCUGAGAAUUCUAGUGAAAGCGGAAGCUUUGAAAUCAUAGAUAAUAGUGGAGAAAUAAUCUACAGGCCUAAAAGGCUGACAUGUCGAGUUAAAAUUAAAGAAGCUACAGGCCUUCCCCUGAAUCUGUCAAACUUUGUGUUCUGUCAAUACACUUUCUGGGACCAGCCUGAACCUACAGUAGCACCACCCAUGGUCAAUCCUGAUAUGCUUUCCGCCAGAAGUAAAGACGCUCAGUUUACAGUGAAAUUUGCACAUUCAAAGGAUUAUGUGGUCAAUAUUACAGAAGAGUUUUUAGAGUUUAUUUCUGAGGGUGCACUUGCUGUUGAAGUUUGGGGUCAUAGAUGCGCUGGAAAUGGAAGAUCAUUGUGGGAGAUUGACUCGCUUCAUGCAAAAUCUAGAACACUGCGAGACAGGUGGAAUGAGGUGACGCGACGUAUAAAAACAUGGAUAUCUAUAUAUGAGCUGAAUGAGAAUGGCGAGUACACGUCAGUGGAGUUACAUCAGGCCAAGGAUGUGAACACUGGUGGAGUAUUCCAGCUCAGGCAGGGACAUUCUCGAAGAGUCCAGGUGACUGUAAAACCUGUGCAGAAUUCUGGUACGUUACCUCUCAUGGUCGAAGCCAUCCUUUCAAUCUCAAUUGGCUGCAUCACUGCCCGCUCCACUAAGCUGCAGAGAGGAUUGGAUAGUUACCAGAAAGAGGAUGAUGUUGGUGAUGAUGAUAUGGAUAGUUACCAGGAGGAGGAUUUGAAUUGUGUCCGUGAGAGGUGGUCAGAUGCACUGAUAAAGCGCAAAGAGUACCUGGAUGAGCAUAUUCAGAAAAUCAUCAACAAACCAGAAAAGACUGAGGAUGACAUUGAGCGGGAAGCACGGCUGGUUGAACAGUGGGUUGGACUAACAGAAGAGAGGAAUGCAGUUCUUGUACCAGCCCCUGGAAGUGGCAUUCCUGGAGCACCAGCAAACUGGACCCCACCAGCUGGAAUGGAGGCACACAUUCCUGUCCUCUUCCUGGAUCUUAAUGCUGAUGACCUGAGUGCCAAUGAACAGCUUGUGGGUUCACAUGCGGCAGGAGUUAAUUCUAUAUUACCAAAGGAGCAUGGGAGUCAGUUCUAUUAUCUGCCAAUUAUCAAGCACAGUGAUGAAGAGGUUUCUGCCACGGCUUCUUGGGACUCUGCAAUCCAUGACUCUGUCUACUUGAACAGAGUGACUCCCCAGAAUGAGCGCAUCUAUCUAAUUGUGAAGGUCACAGUACAGCUAAGCCAUCCUGCUGCUAUGGAACUGGUUCUCCGAAAAAGAAUUGCUGUCAAUGUAUAUAAUAAGCAGAGCUUUACACAAAGCUUAAAACGAAGGAUGUCUGCUAAGAAUAUUCUGUAUGCCAGCGGAGUAAGCUAUGAAAUUGUGUCCAACAUUCCCAAGGCAACAGAAGAGACUGAAGACAGAGAAACACUAGCUUUAAUGGCAGCACGGAGUGAGUACGAGGCAACAUCUGAUGGUGAAACAUACAUUGAAAAAUAUACACGAGGUGUACUGCAGGUGGAGAACAUUCUCAGUCUGGAGAGAUUAAGGCAGGCAAUUACAGUGAAGGAAGCAAUUUCUAAAAAAACUAAGCACAUCCGGAGGAGCCUUAGCACCCCAAAUAUGAAUAAUGUGUCAUCUAGUCGUUUGGAUUUGUCUGGCUGUGAGGACGAUGACAAGGGAUGGCCAGAAAACCAGCUGGAUGUCUCAGAGUACUCCUCUAGCUACAAAGAUGUAUCAGGCUAUGGAAGUCAGCUCAAUGACUCGCCUAGAAGAAGAGACAGCGGGGGAGGUGGACCACCUGAAAGUCCUCAGGCCUUAAUAUCAAGUCCGUUUAAGACAUUCUCUCCUCACCAUCCGACAUUUUUAAAACCAUUAAUGCCUGUGAGAGAAGAACACAAAAGACAGGUUCCUGUUGAAACCCAGCCAUUGCUUAGCCAAGAGAGCAUGUCUUCACCCCUGACAAAUAACACUGGCACUGCUGUGCCUUCUGGACCUAAUACCAACUGCAUGCCAGUAACAACCAAUAAUAUUCAUGAAGAUUGUAUUGAUUCUGAAGAAGACCUUGAAUUUGAUGAGUCGAUCAAAAAAGAAAUGUGUUUCGCUGGCUUUAAUGAUUUCAAGCCUUAUGUGCCAGAGGAGUUUGCAGACUUCAGUGUUUACAAUGCUAGUUUGGACAACAGGGACUGGAUAAGUUCCAAAGCAGACUUAAAUUGUUCUCAUUCUUUGGAUAAAGAUGUUUCUCGGAGCCCUACCACCAGCAGUGUUACCAGUGGUUAUGUUUCACAUAGUGCUUCUAAUAUUACUCUCUCUGACAUUGUGGUUGCAUGUAGUGAAAGUAUGGACCAGUUAACUAUCCAAGCAAGAGACCUGGAAAGUCAAGAGCAUCAGGAACUUACUGGACAGCAGUUUGUACAAAAUUGUAAAUCUUAUGCACAAAAAGAGUCCAAUGAGAACAGCUGUCUGGGAAAUCUAACCUGCAUAGAAAAAAGUGCCUUUGAUAAAGUGCCAUUUUGCACUACUGAAAAAGACGUUGCUGUGUUGUGUAGAAGUGUGUCCUCUUCUUCUACGGACUGUAAUAAAGGAAAUUUUGUCCAGUUUUUACCCUCUGAGGUUGCUGUGGAACAUACUUGUGAUAUUUUGGAUGAUCAUUCCUUUACGGAAUUUAUGGGUGUAGAAGAUGGCAAAGACUUUGAACACCAUGAAGAUCCAUCAUUGUCCUCUUCUAAAUUAGAAAGUAAAGGAUCUAAUGUUGUAGAUUUUGACUCUGUUAUAUCGGGUGACCCAUAUAAGGAUUCUGACCAGGAACUGCCAAAUCAAAAACAUGAAGAAACCACAUCAUGUUCUCAACAUUGCUCCUCUGAAAGCCAAUUGCCUGAAAAGAAUCAUGUAGAUUCUUGUGAUGAUUAUGAAGACAGUUCAUCCCAUGCACCACCAUUCCACCUUUCCUUGGGUGACCAAGUCUGUAUUGGCGACAACAAAAUUGGCACGGUGCGAUAUAUUGGCAGUGUGGAUUUUUCACGUGGUGUAUGGGUUGGCGUUGAACUUCAUGUUCAAUUAGGCAAACAUGAUGGCACCGUGAAAGGCAGAGAAUACUUCCGUUGCAAACCCAAAUAUGGUGUAUUUGUUCGACCCAACCGGCUAACAAAAGCACUUGGUUCAACUAAGAGAGACAAUGGCAGCACUUUGCGGAGACAAGCGUGCAACACAGACAAGCGGAGGAGUGCUACAUUGAAAGGAUUCCCAUCACCUAGGACAAAAGAUGCAGGACAAUAUUCAUCUGGGAAUGAAGCAGCAUCAGCUUUUUCCAGAAAACAAGAGAACAGGAAAUCCUGGAUCAACUAAGAUGCAGUAUUUGCACUUACUACACACCCCUGUGUAUAAACUUCUAUGGACUGGUUAAAAAGAAAGCUAUUUUUGUACAGCUGUACAGUUUUAAUUCCCUCAGAUGUUUACUCAGUCUAGUACUGAAUAUUGUUCUAACAGUUUUUAACAAAGCCUCUUAUUUAGUUUGUCUGCCUUGUAGGCGGGUGGUUUGCUGCACAGUAAAAGCGCGACUAAAGGAUAGUUCUGUAUACAGAUAUGAGGAAGGUACAUGUCUAUUCUUAAAUAAUGACAGUGGCUUAUAUUUUAUUCAAAUGAUAGAAAUAUUCCUAAAAAAUAAAUUGAAUAUACAUAUCUGUACAAAAAAAAGCACUGUAAGCGGUUUCUUAUUUACCAAAGAACAUGUGUUAGCAUGUAUAGUAGCUGUUAUCUAUUCAGUAUGUAGGCAGCUAUUUUUGGUUGUGGACCUUUUACUGUUACGUGGGAAGUAUAUGAACAGCUGGUGAUACCACUAAAUCAUUGUUGUGGUAUGUUUGAUGUAACUGCUUGUUGUGAAGUCAUAGGUAGAAUGUUGGUCAAGUUCACAAAAAGACUGCCGUCAAUGUGUGUGGUGACAUGGAAAUACUGCUUUGUGCUUUUGUAUUAGAGGUGGUUGUUAUAUGGCCACAUUAAUGUAGGCACUAAAAUGAAAUGAACACAAUGUUGCCUUAUUUUAUCUCUUCUUUUUCUUUACAGCAGGCUCUGAAAACAAGUCGUAAUACUGGUCUGGUAGUUUAAUCCCAAGGAUAUGUAUAGUUAUUGAAGAAUAAAUAGGCAGGAUUUAAUAUAAAUUCUUCCAAAUACUUUGCACAUCAGAAAGUGGGAGAAAUCAGAGCUAAACCACAUUCUCUGUCUGUCUUCUAUGCUGCCAUUUCCCAUACAUUCCUGCAUAGCUCCUAUCAUAUCGUAAGAGAGCUCCCUGUACUCAACAAUGCAGUGUGUACAACAUGAGAGGUGCACAUGCUGACUUAUUUCAGGUCAUGUUCACAUGUGGCUUAUUUGUUGUGAAUUCUGCAUUGAAACUACAACAUAACACAGUACAAUGUAUGUGAAUGGGAUUUACAUGCAGUUGGAAAAAUCCAUGCAGAUAGAAAGGGGUGUUCCAUCCAAUAACACUUAGGGCCAAACAGGCUAUAUCACUCUGUUAUAAUGCCAGCAAUCAGCCAACAAAUGAGCAUGUUUGUCAACUGAUCGCUUUUGUUCUAUCACAAAAUCACCUCUCAUUUGCCACGCAUCUUCCUUUGUAAUAGGGGGAUAUGACUGAUGCAUAAGGGCAGCAAAGAGACAUACGAACGAUCCAGCGAUCCUUCAUGCAGCACUGCGUAAAUGAAUGUUGAGCCUUGUAAUAGUCAGCACUUGUUUACUGCACAGUAAAGGGGAUAAAAGUAUGAUCAUGGGGAUCAGACUGCAGGAACAUGAUCUAGAGAACAGGGUCCUUAAGGGGGUACCCCACUGGAAAACAUUUUCUUUUAAAUCGACUGAUGCCAAAAAGUUGAACAUAUGUGCAAAUAACUUCUAUUAAAGAAUCCCAAUCCUUCAAGUACUUAUCAGCUGCUGUAUAAUACACAGGAAGUUCUUUUCUUUUUGAAUUUCCUUUCUGCCUGACCAAGUGCUCUCUGCUGACACCUCUGUCCACGUCAGGAACUGUCCAGAGCAAAAGAGGUUUGCUUUGGGGAUCUGCUCCGGAUCUGGAUAGUUCCUGACAUGUACAGAGGUGUCAGCAGAGAGCACUUGUGGUUAGGCAGAAAGGAAAUUAUACAGCAGCUGUUAAGUACUGGAAAGAUUGGGAUUUUUUA